AUGGGUAGAUCGAAACGUUCUAAGAAGAAAAGCUUGGCUCAUCUACAAUCUGAUGGGAAGGAUAAGCUAAGCAGUGAGGAAAACAUCUCCAGAGGAAGUGAAGUAGAGGAGUCUCCCGAGAACUUUGAGGAAGCACAGGACUACGGCGAUUCCCUGAAAGACACUGAUGAACAGAGUGAUUCUAUCACAGCUAUAAGAUCAGUUACUGGUGGAACAGCUAGUACAAUCACCGAUCUUAACAAUAAAUUCAAGUCACAAGAGUUAGUAGAUAAUGAAAAAGUCGAGAUCAAUACUAAAUCAACAGAGGAGGUCGGAUGUAAGCCUAGCACGGAUCAUAGUACCGAGGCAUUAGAUGAAGGUCAUGAUACUGGUAUUUCUAGUACCAACAAGGAUGAUAGUGACGUUAGGAUAAUAGGUGAUGAUAAUGAAGAUAGUGAGGCUAUUGAAAGUGUAGAUAUUAAAGGUAAAGUUAGCAGUGGUAUUAGCGAUGCAGAUGUUCUGAAACCACAAGAGGAAUUAGUUCAUACUGCAAUUCUAGAGAAUGAUAAUCCUUUUUAUGACGCCAAUAAGGAAAUUUCUGGAUCAAAAAAGCUUGAUGAAAAGGUAAAUAGCGUGGAUAGUAUGGCAGAAACGACUAAGGUCAAUUCUGGUGAUAGCAAGCAAAGGAUGGGAGAUUUAGUAGUGCGAAGAAGUGAAAAUUUGCAUAACCCAAAUCUUGACUAUGAAGAGGAAGAUGAAAUACUUGUAUCAAAUACAGAUACGAAUAAACAUUCGAAGGAAUCAAGCUCAGCCUUGAACAACGCUAAUAUGAAAUCUUUUGGUAACGCUGUUAAAAGUUACACCAAGAAAUCUGGGAAGCAUGUAAGAAUAUUGGAGGCCAAGAAAGUUUCUGAGGGUCAAAGUAGAACUUUUGUCGCAUAUUUCAUAAAAUACAAUGGCCACAUGGUGAGGAGAAGAUAUAGUGAUUUCGAGAGCCUACGAUCCAUAUUAGUAAAGUUAUUCCCUCUAAUGGUUAUACCACCAAUACCAGAAAAGGAAGGUUUGAAAUCCUACAGUAAGGCUAUUGCUGGUUUAAAGCACGCCAAAUAUAUUCUUCCUUCGGAACAGACCGAUUCGGUUGAUUUAUCCCUUUCAAUAAUAGAUCAGUCAGUAAGUGACAAAGAAGAGAAUAUAAUAAGACACAGAGUUAGAAUUCUAACAAAAUUUCUGAAUAGGUUACUUGAUAAUACUGACAUCUCAUCUACAUCACUCAUCGAGGACUUUCUUAACCCUAAUAAUUCAAAUUGGAAUGAUUUUGUUACCAGCUCAGCCACAUUUUCUAUGUUACCUAGAAAUCGACUGCAAGCAAAUCCAGUGGAUCCUACUAAUACGACUAGAGUUCAUGCCUGUCUUCCUAUACCCAAUACCAGUGUAGCAUUAGGUAAACGUGAUCCGGAACUUUUUGUGAGUGGCAACGAAAAUGAUGAUACCGAUGGUUAUAUUCUUCUAGAAAAGGAGCAUAAAAGAUAUGAAUCCAUUGUUAAUAAUACUUACAAAUACAAUAGGAGAAUAACAAAGAACUUCAACGAAAUGAAGCAUGAUUAUGAUGAUCUUGCGGCUGCCUUUGCAGAGUUAUCAAAUCUAGAUAUAUCAUCCAAUCCGAAGCAUGUAGAUUUCUGUGCUACUUUUGAUAAGUCUUCUAUUGCAAUGCAAGCAUUGGUGAGUAACUUAUACUAUAAUAUUGAUGAGCCACUCAAUGAAGCUAUUUAUAAUACUAAUGCUGUGACUGAAUUGUUGAUGUUUAGGAAGCUCAAGGCCGUACAACUAUAUAAAGUAGAAAAAUCAUUGGUUGGGAAAGUUCAUGAAUUACAAAAGUUAGAAAAAGGUGAAAACAAAAUAGAGUCCGAGCCUAACCAGGAAAGUUUGACUUCAGCUAGACGCCUAUCUCCCAUUCCUGCCCCUCAAAAAUUAGGUGGAUCGUUUUUCAAUAAAAUAUCAGAGAUAGCAAAUAAGGUUAAAGAAUCGGUAAGUUAUCAAGAGCUAGAUGUAGAAACACAGAUAUCAAAUUUGAGGAAAGAAAUUGAAAGGUUAAAGGAGACGUCUGCAGUCACGACGAAGGAUAUGGAGGUUAUCAAUGACACAAUUUGUAAAGAGGAAGUGCCGAAAGCUCUCAAAUGUGGUGAAAAAGAACUUGAAGAUAUACUUGCCAGUUACGCUUCAUAUAUGAAAACAUACGCUAAGCAAAAUCUGGAAUAUUGGAAAAGCAUUCAAGAGGCACGUUAA